AUGUGCCAAUUGCAAAGAAUGGCAGCAACCCUGUGCUAUGGCUAUUACUUUGCAAAGGACGAACGAAUUCCAGAUAUACAUUACUGUUACAGCUGCUUGAUCGGGCACGAAUUUGACAGUGACCUGAUGAAACAAGUGGUUAAGCUUAUCCGAACACGCAGAACAAUCUACCUUGUCAUUAUUACUGGAGCAACACCAACUUUGAAUUGGCAAUUGGUCGGACAACUUAAUUGCACCGACGACGAGGCUCGUGCAGCAUCGAUGGCAAAGAGAUGGAACAUCACCAUAAAGCUGGGGAACACUAAAUUCUGUCUCAACCAGACAAUCCCAGCCUGCAACACCAAACCCCCUGUCACUGAUUCGUUCACAUUGUUCCCGGUCUGGUGUACCCAUAUUCAGUAUUCUGCUAAUAUAAUACCAUCGACCCUCGCUGGCAACCUAAACUUUGAGAGCGGGUGCGCUCUAACCCUUCUGCCAAUGGAUAUUUCUUCGAGGGGCAGACCUCAAGCAGCGUGUCGAAGGGGUUGCUGGAUUCGAAGAAUGAAGAGGGGUUUGCAGGUGUUGUUUCUCCCCGGGAGGCCAAGAAGAUGA